AUGAGUCCUCUUAAGUGGAUGAGGCACCACCAGUUGUACCAACAAUAUCCAGAAGCAGGGGAUCCUCUAGAGGCAAAUCAGGUAGAAAAAUAUAUAGAGGACUGGCUAGUGCAAGAGAUAGAGGGCAGGUUACGGGAAGAAGACAGGCUAGAAGAAGAGGACAGGCUAAAGGAAGAAGAAAGACAGUUCAAAAUGGCAUCGUAUUUAAUAUGCCCGAUGGGCAAAAUUUCCAAUAGAGAUUUAUUGUUGGUGGUUUUGUUUUUGUGCCAAACAAUAGUUUGUGACAGCCAGUGUCCAAAGUUCGCAGAAAGACCUUUGGAGACAAGAGUUCAAGAUGCUUCUAUAGUUUUUAGGGCUGUGGUUGUACAGACACAUUAUCAGAUUAAAACGCUAGAUUUGGCGCUAGUAUCAAUAUACAGGGGAGGUGUGGAACUGGCAUCAAUUAGUCAAUACUCCGGUUCACCAUACAACACAACAGACAGACAGGUGAACUUGAAGAUAGGCACCCAACUUGGGGACUGCUUCAACUGGAGUAUGGCACCACAGAGUGAGCUGGUGGUCUUCGCGAGAGUCAGCGACCCAGCUGUGGAUCUAGAGACAACUCCACCAGACGGCCCAUGGCUGGAGGCCACUGCUGCAGCGGUUCCUUGGAGCUUGGGCGUAGAUAUAGCAAUAUGGAAUGCCGUCGGUUGGGCAGGUUGGGGCGGAUGGGGACCCUGCAGUAAAACCUGUGGGGGAGGGAGACAGAUACGACGGAGGUACUGUUCGAAGCCACCUUGUGAGGGUUAUGGGGAACAGGGGAGGUCGUGUAACUCCUUCGACUGUGCAGGUACUAUAAAUCCACUUGCACCGGGCGCUAGACGGAACUUCCACCCUGCGCAGGCGCGCUGGGGUCCAGUGCCAGACCGACCACACGCCUUCAGCUUAAGACCUAAUUCGUACAUCUGGAUUGCGUCAUCAGAACUCUUUGGGUCUGGGAAGACGUUUCCGAGAGAAUUUACGCUCUUCAUUUCGUUAAGGUUAAGGCCAGAGAGUGGUGGUUAUGGCCAAGGAACCCUGUUCUCUCUGCGUUCACGUCGCCGAACAGGUUCCUUCCUGUCACUCGAGCUGGCUGGCAGGGGGGCUGCUCGACUUGUACAUGCGGGAGGGGGAUCUUCAAGAUCUAUAUACCUCGCUGUUCCUUUGUAUGACUUUAGAUGGCAUCAUAUUGCCAUUAGCGUUCACGACGACAACACGGUUCGAGUGUACGUUGACUGCCGCUGGCUAAGAACAGACGUCCUUGAAAAAGACGCUCUAGACACACCGAGGGAUGCUGACCUCAUCAUAGGCUAUCUAUUUUCAGGCGACUUGGAACAAAUGGUCCUUGUACCGAAAGCCGGUCAAGCUCACAAGCAGUGCUCAAGUCAAGUGACAGGGAUAGCUCCCAUCGUUACACCGCUGGACAUUUGA